CAACAAUCCCUAAGCAGUGGCGGCGAUGGAUUCCCCUUCAACCGCCAUUGCCCGCCCAUGAACAAACCAAAGCCUCUCAUUUCCGCUAUCUUAAACCUAAAUCUCCACCCAAAACCCCUCUUCUCUAACCCCAUUCAUCUCAUGGCCCUAACUCAAACCCGAACCACCCACUCGGAUCCACCCCAAAACGAUGCCGAGGAUGACGUUCUGUGUUCCAACCCAGAACAGACCCAAGAGGAACAGCCUUCUUCUCCUUCCCUCGAUGAAACGCCGUCGUUUGUUGGUUCUCCAGGGAAGUACUUAACCGGGGUUUCACGAUUUGAAAGAGCAUGGGCUCAUUGGACCAAGCUAGGUCGGCCUAAGCUAAUCGUUGCACCCAUGGUUGAUAACUCGGAGCUUCCGUUUCGAAUGCUUUGUAGAAAAUAUGGGGCUGAGGCUGCUUAUACCCCCAUGUUACAUUCACGUAUUUUUAACGAGAACCCAAAGUAUCGUUCUGAAGAAUUCACCACUUGCAAGGAGGACCGUCCAUUAUUUGUUCAAUUUUGUGCCAAUGAUCCUGAUAUAUUACUUGAAGCUGCAAGGAGAGUGGAAUCUCAUUGUGAUUAUGUCGAUAUUAAUUUGGGUUGUCCGCAGCGGAUCGCUAGACGAGGGUAUUACGGAGCGUUCUUGAUGGAUAACCUUCCUCUUGUGAAAUCGUUAGUCGAAAAACUGGCUUUGAACCUUAAUGUGCCAGUUUCAUGUAAAAUCAGAGUGUUUCCUAAGUUAGAGGAUACACUGAAGUAUGCCAAGAUGCUGGAAGAUGCCGGUUGCUCUCUUUUAGCUGUUCACGGCCGCACAAGAGAUGAGAAAGAUGGGAAGAAGUUUCGAGCCGAUUGGAACGCCAUUAAGGCUGUUAAAAACGAUCUUAGAAUCCCGGUUCUUGCCAAUGGGAACAUUAGGCAUAUGGAUGAUGUUCGAAACUGUCUGGAAGAAACGGGUGCCGACGGUGUGCUUUCGGCUGAGACUCUUCUUGAGAACCCUGCUCUUUUUGCUGGAUUCCGAACUUCCAAUUGGGUUGCGGAUAACGAGAAAGACUCUAUUGAUGGAAAACUAGAUCAAGCCGAUCUCGUCGUUCAGUACUUGAAGCUCUGUGAAAAGUACCCUGUCCCAUGGAGGAUGAUCCGGUCUCACGUUCACAAAAUGCUAGGAGACUGGUUUAGGGUUCAACCGCAGGUUAGAGAGGAACUAAACGCGCAGUCCAGGCUAACUUUCGAAUUUCUUUACGGUCUGGUGGAUCAGUUACGAGAAUUGGGUGUACAAGUUCCACUUCAUCAAAAGGAUGAUGCUUCGGCAACCGGAAACUUGGCCGAGGUAAUCGGUAUUUGAUUAGCCGGACCAAAGUUAAUUGAGUUGUAGGUGCUUAGAAUAGGGGAAAAUCAGACGCUAAUGAAUUUUUGAGCUAAAAAGAAAGAAUACCCUUAUGAAUUUUUUUGUGUAAGAUUAUUUUACUCUUUUUACAAUUUCGUCCCUUCAUUCAAUGGGAUAUAAUCCUUGUUUGUAAGGCAUUGUUGUUUCCUAUAUAACAUUGAAGAACAAUUUAUAUAUUGAAAUUGCUAUUGUACACUAGAAA